UAAUGAGUUCACCAAAAAAACAAUCAAGUAAAAGAGAUGAUCCAAUCUCAUGUAUUAUUGAACCUUCAAAAAUAUUUGGAGGAUUGUAUUUAGGCAACAUGGAAGCUGCAAGUAUUUAUUAAAUGAAUUUAGGUGAUCCAUAUACUUUAUCUCAAUAUUAAAUCAAAGCCAUUUUGACUGUUUGUCCUUAAAGUAUUCCUUCAUCAACAAAAAUAAAACUAAACUUUUAUCAUCAAUGUAUGGCUGAUGAUGAAGAUGAUUAUUAAAUAAGCAAACACUUUGAUGAAUCAUUUAGAUUUAUUGAAGCCUCUCGUAGAUCUACAAAUGUGUUGGUACAUUGUUAGAUGGGAAUAUCAAGAAGUGCAGUUAUUGUUUUAGCAUAUCUUAUAAAAAAAGACUUAAUAGGUGCCAAAGAAGCAUUGGAAUAUGUUGAAUAAAGAAGACCAAUCAUUUUUCCUAAUAAUGGGUUUUUAAGACAAUUAGGUACAUUUGAAAGAUAGGUGUUCAAUGAUUUGAUAAAUGAAUCUAAUUGUAGUAGAAGGAUUGCAAGUCCAAAACAAAUAGAGAGAGAUUAUAAAUAAAGACAGUUUGAUGAUGAAUUUGAGAUGAAACUUUAAAGAUUAAAAGAGUCUAAUAAAUAAUAACACUUAAAUUAUGAAUAAUACAAUAUACCGAAAUCAAAUAUUUAUAGAAAACAAGAGAAUACUUUAUUUUCCAAUUUAUACUAUAAACACUAUUGA